AUGGAGAAUCCCGUGCUAACGCUCUCUGUUAUAGACAAGUCGGGCAAAAAGUUCGCCCCAAAGGCGCCCGUUCGCCGCGGUGCGCCUGCGCCUGCGCCCACUGCACCUUCAAGACGACCCAGCGCAGUCCAACAGGCUCAAGCAGCCCAAGCAGCGCAAACUUUACAACAAGAACGCGAAACCAGAGGCUCUGUUGGCUCUGUUGCAGCUCCAUCUAUUACCUCUGCCUCUGUGGAGCCCGAACAACCGGCGAUCCCUGAAACCACCCCACCAGUUGCAGUUGCAGCUGCAGCUACACCUUCUCAAGAGCAUCAGCCAGCUCCCUCACAAUCCAAAACCGCAAUUCCUAUCCCCUUUUCAGAUGAUGCCAUAGCUCCACACGAACCUGCUUCACCCCGCUCGACUGUCGUCCAACCCUCCGCAGCCGCCUCUGCGCCCGCGCCCGUCCCUUCCUUCAACCCAGUCGAAUACCGGCCGACAAAGUAUGCAAAGAAAACCUCAGAGAUCACCAAGUCCCGGCAAAAGAGCCAGUCUCAAGUGAGUACGUCGGUUGGUCCCACCAUUGACGGGACUAGUGAGACACCGGGAGGGUCGUUGGCGCCGUCUACCCCCGAUCCGAGCCAGGCGGGGAAGAAAACCAAGAAACGACAACGAUCAAAGACCGGCGCGUCUGAUGCCGAGGGUACUGAAAAGGCAAAACGUGCUCGUCGAAAGCGUGAACCCACGCCGGACGAUGCGGAGACUGUGGAAAUUUUGCCCAACGUGAUGAAGAUGUCGGAGCUCUGCAAAGAUCUCAAGACCGGAAAAAAGUCAAAGCGAGAGGUCGAACUACGACGAUUGGAGCAGGUUGAAUUGGAAACCAAGCAAAAAGCGCAGGAGGAAGCAGCGUCAACCACCGGAACUCCCGUGAAGGCCAAAGCGCCAGAAGGGGAGCAGCCCUCCGAACCCGCCAAACCCGCUGCCGGCCCAGUCAUGCGUAUUGUCAACGGAGAGAUUGUUCUCGACACUGCGUCGCUGGAAGUUGAUCGUCACGCCGAUGCUGCCCGAGAAGCGGGCGAUCUAGAAGACGUGGUGGAGAACCAACUUACUCGCAAGGUCAACCAAGCGACCUAUGGCAAACGAUCCAAGACCGAAAGCUGGGACGAAGAAAUGACAGAUCUAUUCUACCGUGGCCUUCGCAUGUUUGGCACCGACUUCAUGGUUAUCAGCAACAUGUUUCCCGGCCGGUCUCGUCGACAGAUCAAGCUUAAAUUCAACAAUGAGGAGCGUCGCGACCCGCAAAGAAUCAAAGACACCCUUCUUGGCCCACGAGAGGUCAUCGAUAUAGAAGAAUACUCCGCAAUGACCAACCAGACCUAUGACGACCCCAAGCUCAUUCAACAGGAACUGGAUGAAGAAAAGAGAGUGAUUGAGGAGCAGCACGAGAAGGAAAAGCAGCUUCACGAAGAAAUGUUGCGCAAUCCGACUGGAGGUGGAGGUGAAGAGGAUUCCAAGGGCGACAAGGGCAAGGGCACUGCCAAAGGCAAGCGGAACAGCAGGAAACAAGCUGCCAAGAAUGCCGGUGGUGGUACCGAAGAAGUUCUGGGCUCUAUUGACGAGAUCCCGGCCUUUUAA